CUCACCACCCCGCCUCCGGACCUCAACCCCGCCACCACCAACACCACCCAAAAAAUGAAGAAAUACCUCGAAAUCGCCUGCUUCAACGCGCCCUCGGCCAUCAUCGCUGCCAACGUAGGCGCAGACCGUAUUGAGCUGUGCGCUAACCGUUCGGUGGGCGGUACGACCCCGCUACUCUCCGACCUCGAGGCAAUCAAGCUAGAGGUUAAGAUCCCCGUGAUGGUCAUGAUACGUCCCCGCGGCGGCGAUUUUAUUUACAGUGAUGAAGAGUUUGCUCAGAUGAAGGAGGAUAUUGGGCGCUUUAGGGGAUUGGCUGAUGGAUUUGUUUUCGGGAUCCUGAAACAGGAGGAGGGAGGGGUGGUAGUGGUGGAUGGGGAGAGGAAUUCGUCGUUAGUCGACCUAGCGAGGCCGCUGCCAUGUACAUUCCAUCGCGCAGUCGACGCGACGAGUGAUUACCACACCGCGGUGCGCGAAGUGGCGGCCUGCGGGUUCAAGACGGUUUUGACGUCUGGGGGGAUUCAGGGGGAUGUGGUGGGGGGGUAUGGGAACUUGCCUACCUUUGGAGACGGGGAAGGGGAGAGGGGGCUGGUGAUAAUGCCGGGAGGAGGAGUGAGGAGGGAGGUGCUGGAGGUUUUGGUGAGGGAGACGGGGUGUUGGUGGUUUCAUUCGUCGGGGAUUGUUGGGGGGGGAGGUGGUGUGUGGGGAGGAGGUUAG